AAUUUUAAUAGUCUGAUCCUAUCUUUAUAUACCUUUUUUAAAGACUUUAAGUACCUAGAGUUAUACGCCUACUGUCAGCAUAUUCAAGGACUGUCAGCAUUACCUUUGUCAGCAUUAUCAAGGACUGUCAGCAUUACCUUUACGGCUCUGUGGCGCGAUCGAUAUAUUAAUCUAGAGAAUUAUAAGUUUAAUUUUUCUUCUAUCCUUAGAAGAGGGAACCGUGAAUCUAAGGGCCUUAGAUUCUUUAAUCCAGACUUCUAA